GACUUAAAAUACUCGUAGACAAUAAGCCACCAAAAAACUUACUACUACAAAAAUUAAAAUCCCCAUCCCCACCCACCGGAAAAAUAAAAAAUUAUAUUGUACGGCAUUGCUAUUCUCCGAUCAAUGCUCAAUUUCACAUUCCCCUAAUUCUAGUCCUCCCACCAAAUCGGUCGAUCCGAUCGAUUUGAUCCAAAACUCAACGCAAUAUCUGUAUCUGUAUAUCUACAGAUUGAUCAGCACUGGAGUCUGUACAGGAAAACCCUCACCAGUCCUCUUCCGUGAAGCCACCGUCAACCACCGCUGCCGGAAACGGUCAGAUCCGGUACCGUUCUCCUUCUGCCGCAGAGCUUCUAGAAGGCCAAGUCUUCUCCACUUCUUCAUCACCGGAUCAAAUCGACAAAAUGUCUAAACGUAAAUCACUAUAUAGCAACAACGAGUCGGUUUCCGAUAAGAUACAUCGAUACAGAGGGGCGAUUUUAGUCAUUUCAAUUCCUUUACUGUUGAUAUCCUUUGUUUUGUUUUUGUUGCCGUCUUCUUCUCAGUCUCCCAACGACGCCGUUUUGAAUAGGAAGUUUUCGCCUAAUUAUGUGUUGCAGAGUGAUUCGACUUCGAAUAGGUAUGCGGUUAUUUUCGAUGCCGGUAGUUCCGGAAGCCGAGUUCAUGUGUUUUGUUUCGAUAAGAAUUUGGAUCUCGUUCACAUUGGUUCUGAUCUUGAGCUCUUUGAACAGUUGAAACCAGGUUUGAGUGCACAUGCAACUGACCCUAAAGAAGCAGCAGAUUCUCUUCUGCCUCUUUUAGUGAAAGCAGAAAAGGUUGUUCCGAAAGAUAUGCGCCAAAGUACACCAGUUAAAGUCGGGGCAACUGCAGGUUUGAGACAGUUGGGAGUUGAUGCAUCUGAAAGAAUUUUGCAAGCUGUGAAAGAUUUUCUUAAAGUUAAGAGUAGCCUUAAGUCGGAUGAUGAUUGGGUGACUGUUUUGGAUGGAACUCAGGAAGGUGCUUAUCAAUGGGUGACCAUAAAUUAUCUUUUAAAAAGAUUGGGCAAGAAGUAUUCAGACACUGUUGGAGUAGUUGAUCUAGGCGGUGGAUCUGUACAAAUGGCUUAUGCUAUUUCAGCAGCAGAUGCUGCAAAGGCUCCAAGGAUAACAAGCGGAGAAGAUACAUAUGUGAAGGAAAUGCUUCUCAUGGGAACCAAAUAUUAUCUUUAUGUUCACAGUUACUUGAAAUAUGGUUUAUUAGCAGCUCGAGCUGAGAUUCUGGGAGUCGCAAAAGAUUCUGACAAUCCCUGUAUUUUGGCUGGCUAUAAUGGGGUUUAUUCAUAUGGGGGAAUUGAUUACAAAGCGUCAGCUCCUUCUUCUGGUUCAAGCAUGAAAAAGUGCAGGGAAGAAGCCUUGAAGGCCCUCAAAGUUAAUGAAGCAACUUGCACCCACAUGAAGUGCACUUUUGGUGGGGUAUGGAAUGGUGGUGGUGGUGAUGGUCAAAAGAAUCUAUUUGUGGCCUCUUUCUUUUUUGAUCGGGCUGCUGAGGCUGGUUUUGUUGAUCAACAUAGCCAUGUCGCCGAAGUGCGCCCAGUAGAUUUCCAGGAGGCUGCUCAACGUGCUUGUCAAAUGACAAUUGAGGAUGCCAAAUCUGCCUAUCCUGAUGUGGAGGCCAGCAACCUACCAUACUUGUGCAUGGAUCUUGUGUAUCAGUACACUUUACUAGUAGAUGGCUUUGAUCUGCAACCUAAGCAACAGAUUACACUCGUGAAAAAGGUUGAGUACCAGAAUUCUUUGGUUGAAGCUGCUUGGCCGUUGGGCAGUGCAAUUGAAGCAGUGUCAGCAGCCAGCUAACUACUACUAUACAUUAUAAAUUGUAUCAUGUAUGAAGCUGGUGAACCGUGGGUUCUGCCAGGUCAGCGGGUUGGUAAAUUCUCUGAGGUUCUUCAAAAAAUAUUCUUUUACACCAACAGUAGCUAUUAUUUUGAGUUUCUGACUCUUGGUAUAAGACUGAAACCUAUUUUUGGUUAAAUUUUAAUUUGAAGCAUAGUAAAACAAAAGCAGGAUUCUUUUGUAUUUGUAUCUGGUUAAUAUUGUAUUGCAAAUUCUCUUUUUUUCCGUUUAAAA